AUGAACGCCAAGAGGCCAAACGAAUGCACAAGCAUGCAUAUUAUGCAUGGUGUUAAUAAUAGCAACAGAAAACCAAAGACUGAUGUCAUCACUGCACAACUCAUCACACAGAAGUCGCGAUUUCAAGGUCCCUUGCAAAAGUACCUUGCAGGUGAACCUCACAAAGUUAUAGAUGAGCUCUUCCAUGAUUACCUGGCAACUGGUGUGUCUGACAGGAUUCAUUCUGCUGUUGGAGUUGUUGAAGAGAUAUACCAUGAGUUACAGGAUGUGGAAGAGGAUCUACUAUGGCAGGAAAAGAAUGGUAUUGGGUAUACUAGAGCUUGUGAUGCCAUGAAGGGUGCUAAGGAUGUUUUAUUAGCACUGGAAGAUAUCUUAUCCUUUAUUUUAGUAGAUGGCAUGAAGUUGGAGGAGUUGUACACCAACAAAGACUUUCUAUUUCAAAAGCUUUGGGAUUAG